CUCAACUUUAAGAUAAUGAACAAGCAGCUGCUGUGCAUUGUCCUUGUGGCACUUGUGGGUGCUGCCCUCGCAACCCGCGCCCAUGUCGAGCGUUCUGCUCCCGUUCCCCUCGCCGACGGCUGGCAGGCUCUUGCCCAGCGGGCCACUGCUGACGAUCUUCUCGAGGUCCGCCGCGUCCAUGUUGCGCUCUGGGGCAACUACGAGGAGCUCGACGAGCUCUUCUGGCGUGUCUCUAACCCCAAGCACGAAGACUACGGCAAGUACGUGACGACCGACGAAAUCACUGCGAUGGUUGCGCCGGCGAUCGAGGUCCAGCAGGCAGCGAUGGCGUUUGCCUCGAGUGACGGUGUGCAGGCCACGCUGACCCGCAACCGCGACAUGGUGGAGAUCAAGACGUCGCUGGCCAAGCUCGAGGAGCUGUUCGAGGUCGAGUUCUACAAGUUUGAGCACAAGACCGGCAAGGUUGUGACUGCGGCGCUCGGCCCGUACACGGUCCCGUCGGAGCUCGCCGAGUCGGUGGCGUUUGUCUCGGGCCUCGUCGGCCUGCCGGACGUCCACGAGGCCAAGCCGCGCGAGGCAUCGGCAGUCGACGACGGCCAGGACAUUACGCCUGCAGUCAUCCGGGCCCGCUACAAUGUGACCGGCACGGCGUCGGGCGCUCACAACAACUCGCGCGCCGUCGCCGAGUUCCAGGCGCAGUGGUACUCGCCGCGCGACCUCGAGACCUUCAUCUCGCGCUUCUCGCCUGGCUCGUCCGACAAGGUUGCCAAGGUUGUCGGCUCCAACACGCCCAACAACCCCGGAGUGGAGGCCUCGCUCGACAUCCAGUACAUCAUGGGUGUGGUGCCGGACAUCCCGACCUGGUUCUACGGCAUGGCCAACUUUGACUUUUGGUCCGACCUCACCGCGUGGCAGGCCCAGCUCCAGGGCGAGGACGACGCGCCGUGGGUGCACUCGAUCUCGUACGGCUCGCAGGGCAACUACCCGUCCGAAUCGUACCGCCAGCGCGCCGACGUCGAGUACCAGAAGCUCGGCGCCCGCGGCAUCUCGAUCAUCUUUGCCUCUGGCGACUCCGGCUCGGGCAACCAGGGCUCGACCCUCUACCCGUCGUACCCCGCCACCUCGCCGCACCUGACCUGCAUCGGCGCCACGAGGUUCCUCGAAGGCAACACCGGCGCCGAGGGCGCCGUCCAGGCCUUCAAGUCGGGCGGUGGCUUCUCGCACCUCUUCCAGCAGCCGUCGUACCAGACUUCCGCCGUCGACGCCUACCUCAAGUCCGGGGUCAAGUUCCCGUCUUCGCACAAGUUCAACUCGGGCAACCGCGCCACUCCUGAUGCCGCCGCCCUCGGCGCCGAGCACUACCAGGUCAUCGACGCCGGCCGCCAGGUCCCCGUCGGCGGCACCUCGUGCUCGAGCCCGACCUUUGCCUCGAUCAUCUCGCUCAUCAACGAGGAGCGCCUCAAGGCUGGCAAGCCCACCCUCGGCUUCCUCAACCCCUGGAUCUACCAGAACCCGCACAUGCUGUGGGAUGUCACCGUCGGCGAUAACGACACCGGCUUCGACAACGAGGGCUACAAGUGCGCCGAGGGCUACGACGCCGUCACCGGCCUCGGCACCCCCAACUACCCCGCCAUGCUCCAGGCGUCCAUGGCCGUCUUUGACAACCUCGAGUAACCAUCUGAGGCGCAAUGAUUGCUAAAUCCAUGUCUAUUUUUCAAACAGAUA